AUGGAGCUCCUACCCGGGCUGCAAGAUGACGGGUCCAAACGUGGACGCCCACCAGGUCCUCUUGGCAUGAACUUUUACCGGCUCAAUGAGAAAUGCAAUAAAUCGAUGUGGUGGACUGUGUGCAAGUAUUGUUACGCCGCCCAUGUAAGUGCUAAAACAACCAUUCCUUUUCCUACCCACAUCCGUGGGCGAAAGGAAAGUUGGGAGAAGCACUUGGACGAGUGCUUGUACUACGCUCGCGUUACAAGGAAGCCGGCUCAAAGUGAUGAAAAUCAAGCUGAAACGGAUGAACAUGCACGCGUCUACAAGCACCAACGUACUUCACCCCCGGCAUUCACACCCAUUGAAAUUAUGCUGUUUUGGCGUCUUUUACUGGAAUUUCAGGCGGAAGCACUGCUUCCAAACUCUUUCGUGCAGCUUCGCGCCGUGCCACAUCGUCAUAUCAUUGGUGGUCGUGUUCUGGACGAGUGUGCAGAGCAACAUUCAAUUGAGCAACGGGAAAACGUUAGAGCCGUCCAAAGUGGUGGGAGAGUAAACUUUCUUUCAGAUGUGUGGGAAACGAUAGCGAAGCAGCAUGUACUGGGCUGCAUGGUUACCCUAUUUGGCUGUGUAAUGAACUAUGGUUUACGACCGACUGGUGAUCGCCAUGACGGCCUUGCGAUUGCGGAGCAAAUGGAAGAGGUUAUCGAGGAUCUGCUUGCGUCGGGCUGGAAUGUGGGUGCUGUUGUUACCGAUAAUGCAGGUCAAUGUGGACGAGCUCGUCGUAUUUUGGCUCUUCGCUAUCCGAAGUUUGCUUACAUCCAUUGUUUUGCUCAUGACAUCAACAAUCUCGUCAAAGCUGUCCUCAAAACAGUUUUCCAGCAGAUUUCAGCAGACGCCGCAGGUGUGGCUAGUUUUCUUAAUACUUCAACUUCAAAGUGGUUAGUUCGUGCGAUGAAAGCUAUGCAUAAGCGCUACGGAGCUAGUCUUGCUAUUUUUACGCUUUGUGAGACUCGGUGGAACUCCAUGCAGGCAUGUUUUGCCUCUCUCCUUCGUGCACGAGGAGCUCUGGAAGAUAUGGUCUUCUCGUAUCGAAACAGCAAUGAAAUGCCAGAAAAGCUUCGUGUCUUAGGAGAAAAUGAGUUCUGGACUAAACUGGAGACGGCCGAGAAGAUCGUUCUGUGGUGUAGUGAUUUCUCCGUAGUUGCGGAUUAUCACCCGUCGACAAAGACGUGA